CCGCACGUACCAGUUGGCAUUUUGGAACCUAAUGCUGACUAUCCAUGUUCAUUGAACAGCGGUUUCAGGAAUAACUACUGUCGCUUAAUCAAGAUUACACUUAAGCAAGUGCUAACUCCCUGUCAAGAGCAGUGUCAGUCUGUCACUGCUUCCUAACCGCUGCUCAGCAAUAGAAAACAUAUUGACAGGGGGGCAAAGGAAAGGUUGGUAUAAAGACCACCAGCUUUUCGAGCGCCCACAAGCCUUUUUCAGGGAGAAGCCACUCCAUCUUUCUUUUUUCCUUUUUUCCUUUCUUCUUCUUCUUCUUAUUCUUCUUCUUCUUCUUCUCCUCAUUCUGAUCUGGAGCAAUGGCGACCGAAGACGAAGCACGAGAAACAGCAGAUGGGACGGAAGUCCAAGUGGAAGCUGUGGAUUUAGGAUCAGCCCAUUUUCAAGCACACCCGGAAGUCAAGCUUCCGACUAUCAUGGAGAGCAAGAACGUGGGAGAAAUCAUCAAUUUAACUGAAGGAACGUUGAAGAUUCCAGAGGAUCAAGUUUUAGUAGAAGCACCCUCUGAAGUCGAACUUCCUCCAGAACAUAACCUAAAUGGCAAAGCAUCUUCUCUGAAUGGUCAUGUGGACAAAGAAGAGAAGAUUUCAAAUGUGCAGACGCAUGAAAACAAUCAGGAAGAAGCAGAACUAGAUGGGACAAGUGCCCAUCAGAGCAAUGGAAUCAAUAAAGAAGAGAUGACUGAUGGUUUAAGCCAUGUAGAAAGCAUAACAGAAGAUAGCAGCCUUCGGAAGCAUGAGAAAGAUGAAGAACCUAGGGAUGAGCAGCAAGAUUCAGAAGGUGUUACAGUGGAUGAUGACUUGUUGCAGGAAGACACAUUGAAAACUGACAGUUCUAUUGAGCAAACAGAUGAUGAUCAACAUGAUCAGAAUCAGGAAUCAGAAAAGACAAAUGAGGACACACAACCAUCAAGCAUUGCAAACAAUGCUGAUGUUGAGGAAGCUGAGGCACCUACUGGUUUCCAAACUCUUGUGGAGCCACAUCUGGAUGGUUCUGGUUCUGUUCCAGGAACUAUUGAUGAAAAGAUGGAAACAGAGGAACCAGCUAAGGCAGAUGGUGUUAUUCAUCCUGACGACAAAGAGAGCUUUUCAGAAGAUACAUCUAUUGCAGGACCCACAGAAGAGGUGGUCAAUGUAGACCAACAGAUUCAGCAAUCUGAUACGAUGGAUGCAGAUGUAGUCCAGGAAGAGAUGCUUAAAUGUGAGGAAACCCAUGUGCAGGAAGAGGUGCCUAAAUCAGGUGCUCAUGAGCCAACAACCAAUGCUCAAGAAAUGCUGAAUAAAGAAUCCGCUGAAGAAAUUUGUGACCCAAUGAAUGAAAAAAAUGAAGAAACUGUACACCAGAGCAACAUGGAAGCUCCAAAGGAGACAAAGCCAGAGCUUGAAACUACAACGAGGGUGCCACCAGCAAAUGUUCAAGUGCAGAACCAUGAACCAUCAGAACAAAUAGAAGAUGCUGAACCAGUUGAUACUGAAACAGAGAAUCAACAAAGCAGUGUUGCUUUUGAGGAUGCAAUUCUAGAAGAUCAACCAAAUUUAGGUGUUGCAAUGGACAAUGACACAGUGCCAGAGGACAUAGUGAAAGCUGUUGAGCAAACAGAUGAUGGUCAGCAAGACCAGGAUCUAGAACCAGAAAAGGCAACCGAUGAUACACAACCUGCAAGCAUGGCAAACACUCCUGAUGUUGGGGUUGCAGCUGAAGCACCUUCUGGAGUCCAAACUCCAGUGGAGCCCAAUCUGGACAACUCUGAUGCUGUUCCAGAUUCUAUAGAUGGAAUCAAAGAAACUGAUGAACCAGCUAAAGCAGAUGUCGUUCAUCCUGACCACAAAGAGGGCUUUCCAGAAGAUGCACCUAUUGCAGAAUCUACAGAAGAGGUGGUCAAAGUAGAAGAUCAACAGAGCCAGCAAGCUGAUGCAAUGGAUGCAGAUGUGGUGAAGGAAGAGGUGCCUAAAUCUGAACACGCAGAUGAGCCUUCAACUGAUGCACAUGAAGUGCUGAAUGAAGAAUCUAAUGAAGAAACUGAUGGCUCGCUUAAUGAAAAGACUGAAGAAACAGCACACCAAAGCAACAUGGCGGCUCCUGAAAAUGACACAACAGCAGGGGAGCCACCUGUAAAUAUUCAAGUGCAGAACCAGGAAUCAGUAGAAGAAAUAGAAGAUACUGAAGCAGAAAUGCAACAAAGCAGUGUUGCUUUUGAGGAGGCAAUUCCAAAAGAUCAAUGUAAUUUAGGCAUUAUGAUGGAUGGUGACACAGUGCAGGAAGACACACUGGAAGCUAUUGAACAAACAGAAGAUGAUCAGCAAGACCAUGAACCAGAAAAAGCGACUGAGAACACACAACCCUCAGGCAUUCCUGAUGUUGAGGUUGUAGCUGAAGCACGUUCUGGAGUCCAAACUCCUGCGGCGAUCAAUCUGGACAACUCUGACGCCGUUCCAGAUGCUACAGAUGGAAACACAGAAAUAGAUGAAUCAGCAAAACCAGAAGGUGCUACGGCAACAAGUGAACUAAAAGUAACUGAAAUAGAAGAACCUAAGGACAGUGAAGCCACUGAAGCUCAAGAAAUUACGGAACACGACCAUGUCAAUGCUUCUAAUGAACUUUCAGCAGAAGAUGUUUCGACAGCAGAUGAGCCAUAUAAUGAUGAUAUCCAGCCUACCCUUGGACAAGAUUCGGUUGAAGUUAAGGAAACUGUUUUUACUUCAGAGGAGGCAACUGUGGAAGAUAAUGUAACAGUAGAAGAGCCAACAUGUGAUAGUCAAGAGGUAGAUAAUGCAGAAUCAACACAAGAAACUAAGGGAAACACGCCUAAGAAUAUUGCUGAAGUCUCUGAGGUGGUGAUUGUUGAUGAGGCACAGACUGAGGAUAUUGCUGAAAUGCAUAUGCGGGAGGUAGAACCAGAAGAAACAAAGGACACAGAACCUAUUGAUUCGAAGGAAGCUUCUGAUCAGAGGAAUGCUGUUUUAUUCAAUGAUUUAACUCAAGAAGAUACACUGGAAAGUGAGAUGCAGCAGACAGGGUCAGCAAUAGAAACCACUGAAACUGAAGCAGCUCCCCAGGAAAGCAAUGACUGUGUUUCAGAGGAGCCUUCUCCAGAAGAACAAAAGAUAGAAAGUGAAACAGAUUGUGACACUCAGGAAGUAAGUGGUGACAAAGACAUCAUAACUGAAGGAAUCUCUGGCCAAAGCAGCAUGGUUUCUGCUGGGGAGCCGGCUCAAGAAAACGAUGUCCCUGAAAGUGAGCCAACUGCUGAUAUUCAACCUGUGCAGGAGCUGGAACCAGAAGACGUAAAGAAUACCGAACAUGUGGAAUUGAAGGAAACAUCCCAUGAAAUGAAUAGUACUAUCUCUCAGACGCCAGCUGAAGAAUAUAAUCCAGACAUAAUCGAUCUGCAUGAAUCAGAAAGAGGACUGAGCAACAUUGAAGCCACAGAAGCGGAAACCCAGCACCAAAGCGACGCUGCUCAAUCAGAGGAGCCAGCACCAGAAGAAAUAGCAAGUGAGCCACAAGUACUGGAACCAGAAUCGGUCGAAGAAAUGAGUGAAACUGAAGCCACCGAGCCUCCAAAUGUUUCCCAGGGUAACCAAAUCUCUACCUCUGGGGAGUUUGUCCCAGAAGAAAUUGCAACAGAAGAUACCACCACUGAACCAGAUGUUGAUCAUCAACAACUCCAGGUUCAAGAAUCAACCGAUAUCAAGGAAACUGAAGCUGAUAAACCUGAAGGAAUUGCUUCAUCUUGCACUCUUUCUACUUCUGAGCAGUCCACUUCAGAAGACAAUGGAACAGCAAUAGAACCAAGAUCUGACACUCAAGAAGAGAAUUCAGAGCCAGCAGAAGUCACUGAGGGCGCUGAAAAUGCAAAAAACAGCACUGCUCUUGCUGAGGCAGCAGCUCCAGAAGAACAUGUAGAAACAGAUGCAACUGCUGAUACGUCACCAGUGCAGGAGCCAGAGAUAGAAGAGACCAAGGAUGCUGAACCGGCUGAAACAGAGGAUAUUAUGACAUCAAGGGACUUGCCAUCAGAAAAUAUGGAAACCAUAGGGACUGAAGCUGUCCCUCAUGAGAGUCAUGUUGAAAGUGCAAAAGAACUCACUGAAGAUGAUGCUGAGCCUGUUCUGGAGCUAGAAUCAGUUGAAGACACGAAGUGCACUGACACAAUGGAAUAUCCAGGAGAGCCCAAUGGUUCUACUUCUGAUGAGCCUACUCCAAUAGAAGAAAAUACAACAGUAACAAAGCCAGAUUUUGACACAAAGCAAGUGCAGAAUAUGACAUCUCAAGAAAUCAAGAACAGUGAAGAUGCGAAAACAGAUGAAUUCUCAGAUCUCAGUAGCUUUCCUACUCCUGAAAUGGCAGAUCAAGAAAGUAAUUUAUCAAGGACUGAAUCACCUACAGAUGUCCAACAAGUGCAAGAACUGGGUUCAAUGGAAGAAACCAGAGAUAUUAGAUCUGUGGGAAUUGAAGAUCACCAAAAAGUUUCUACCCUUGAGCCAGUAGACGGUGAGCCCAAUGUUGAUGAUCAGCAGCUGCACGCAGGAGUCAAAGAAAAAGAAGCAACGGAAACUGAAGAAGUUAUCCGGCAAAAUAAUAUUGGCAGUCAUGUUGAUGCAACUAAAGAAAGGAGUGAGCAGAGAAGUGACCCAGAUUCUUAUGUCCAACCAGCACAGCAGGUGGAAUCAUCCAGAGACGGUGAGAUCAGUCAUCUUGUAAAGGCAGAAGAAACCUCUGGGCAAGUCAACGCUGUCACCAUUGAAGAAACACCUACAGAAGAUAGUGUUGUGAGUGAAAUUGAACCACCCGUUGAUAUUGAACAAGAACUGGUGGAAGAAAUCAAGGGCAUUGAUGCCAAUGAAGCUGAAGAAGAAUUUAUUACAAGCCAAGUUGAUGCAUUAGAAAAACCAGCUUUAGAAGGUAAUAUAGCAUCAAUAGAGCCAACUUCAAAUAUUGAGCAAGAGAAUGAAUUGGAAGUAACAAAAGAAAUUGACGGCAUUGAAGCCAUCCAUGAUGAAGAGCCAGCAGAGAAUGCUACUUUGGAGGACCCAUCUCCAACAGAUAAUGAAACAACACCAGAAGGACAUCCUGCAAAGUUGAAUGAAGAAACUAUUGGGAAUGAAACUGAUAAUGUAAUGUUGGUGCCUGGACUCAAAGAUGAAAUACAGACGUCAUUGGAACUAAAGGAUGGUGCAUGUGACUUGGGUGAAACUGUUUUAACAACUCAGGGAAGUGAGAAUGUGACCGAUGAAGAUGCUGUUCAAAGUGCUGGUGAUGAUAUACUAGAGACUUCAAACAGUAUUGAUCAAGUCAAAGAAGAGCAAAAGGAUGAAUGUGAACAUAAUUCAAGCGAAAUGUCAGGUGCGCAGAAUGAAGAGAACAUAAUUCAUGUUCAAGAUAGAGACAUCAGUGUCGAACUUCUCACAAAAAGAGGCACUGAUGAAGAAGCAUCACAUGCUUUAUUUGAAAGUGAUACCACAGAAGAUGGUGAGCAAAUUAGUGAUCUUAACAGGCAACCAGAUGAUGUAGCACUUCAACUGCAAUCAUGUGAGCCAGAUGCUUUAUCCAUUGGGAGACAAGAUGAGGUUGUGCGAAAGGUUAACUUGGAUCAAGAACAGAACGAAGAUGAGCACAUUCAAAGUCAGAAGGAAGAACUCCAGGUAGAUGAACAGAAACAUGAUGACAAGGCGGGUGAUUUCACCACAGAACCAUUUGCGGAGCCCGAGGAUAUAAAAAAUGGCACCACAAACAGAACAGAAGACACUGAUGCAUGUGAGGCUGAAGAAACAGAGGCAAUUAUUACUGAAAUUCUCAAGCAUGAAGAAGCCCCACAUGUAUACGAGGAAUCCACCCCAAGCAGUAUGGAUAUGAAGGUUGAUUGCGUUAAGGGAACAGAAGAUGUUGAUGCUAAAAAUGAUAACAAAGAUGAGGAGAGUGAAGAGAAGGAUGAUAUAUUAGCAAAAAAUUCUACUGACGAACAGGAUGAAAUGACUGCUGAAAUUACAAAUGGAGAGCUUGGACCUGGUUUGGCAUCCUCUGCUCAAGAAGCAUCUGACCCGGCCCCUUCAAACGAUGAUAUACUAGAGAAUGAUGCUGCAGCUGUUACUCAGAAUAUUGAAUCAGGAGAGCAUAGAGAGGAUAAAGAAUGUACGGGCAAGGUUAAUGAUGAUGUCCACACUAUUCGAGAAUCAGAGAAAGAGAUUGCAGAUGAAAUACAUGAUAACAAAGAAAUUCGAAAUGAAGACAAUGCUAUCCAUCAUGAUGAAUCCCAGAUAAAACCUGAAGAGGAAGAGGCGUCAAAACCUGAAGACAACGCUAAAAUAAUCGAUGGUAACGCAAGUAUAAAGCCCAGAGAAAUUGAAGAGACAGGAGAAAACAAGGGACUCGAAUCUACUUCCAAUCCUUUUGUAGAAUCAUCCAUACAGAACAAUGUUGAGCAUGACUUACAUCACAAGGUUGAAGAUGAAAAGCUUUCAAUGGCAGAGCAGAAUGAUGUAGAUAAUGAAGCCAUGCAAGAAAAAGCUGAUGAAUCUGCCUCAGAUAUAAAUCAAACGAAGCAAUGUCAGGAAGGAAUUAAUACAGAUGAUGUUCAGCAACUUGAAAUAGAAGAAAAUUCAUUUGAUAAGAUUGAUGAAACUCUUUCACAUGAGAAAACAGAGACAAGAAUUACUGAAGUAAAACUUGGUGACAAUAUCACUGAUAAGGCUAGUGGAGGCGAUGGUGGACCAUCUGAUGAAAGUCUCGAAACCUUUAAUGACACUGGAAGGGAUCUUGAUGUUUCAUCUGUAAUUACAGCAUCAAAGGAAGAAAGCAUGAAUGAGAACAUGGAAGACCAUAAGCUUGCUCUUCCUGCACAUACCGCACAGGAUGAAAAGACCCCUGAACAGGUGCUCUGGUUAGAGAACGCAGAAAGAGAGAUGCCUUCAUCAGAGAAGCUCCUUCCCACUGAACCAGAAGGCAAUCAAAUUCCCAAUGAAAGCAAUGAAGAGGAGUUACAGGAUAAGAAUCAAAUUCCCAAUGAAAAGAAUGAAGAGGACAUGCAAGACACAGAAAUUGGAGAUGCCCAGAAAGAUGUUGAACAAGAUUUACCUUUUUCUCAUUUUCUGAUGAAUCUAAUAUUGGGAAAAAAUAAUGCUGACGCAGAUGAAAAUUCAGAAUCUGAGGCUGAAAGGAAGGAAGGAGAAACCACAGAAGGCGACAAGUGCGAGGUCAUUUCUAAACAAGAAGAAAACAUGGGGUCACUUUCCACAGAAAAUAAGGUGGAAGACGAUCUCACCUUUGAACAAGAAAAACAUGAUGUCAAAUGCUCCGAAGAAACACAGGAAAUGGUCAAAGAACAGAUUAACAAUCCUAAGCUGGACAUGGAAAUAUCAACACAGACUGAUGAGUUCAAUAAGAACACUCGUGAUUUGGAAAUACCAGCAUACCAAGGUACUACCCAAGACAAAAUUUCCGGUGAACUGUUAUCAGAAGAAGCAGCUAACCUUUCUACAAAAAUGGAAACUAGAGAUAUUGAGAUUUUGAACCUUGAGCUCGAUGACAAAGUAGUUGAUAAUGUCUGUCAGGAAAACACAGAGGUUUCAAAAGAAAUUGAAAAUGGAAGCUUGAAUAGCAACAUAAAUGAUUUAACAAAUACAGAGGCUUCUGAAGAGGAUACUCUAGGGGAAGGACAAACAGGACUCUUGCAUGACUCUUUACCUGAAGAUAAAAAUGCUGAUGCAGUGUCCGAGCAAACACCCUUGUUGACAGAAUCAGGUAUGAUUGAUGCAAAAGAUCUUUCAUGUGACGCUGAGGCUGUCCAGAACCUUGCCUGUGAAAAAGAAGAUGAGACCACUGAAUCUUCCACCAUGGAGGCCACAAGUAUUCCUCAUAUUCAAAUGGACUGUGAAGAAGUAGAGAAGAAAGAAGAGGAGCAGCAUGCAAGCACGGACACAGACAAAGUUUCUGAAGAAGCUGUAGAAACUUCAAAUGACAGUCCUCAGAAAAGCACAAGGUCUGAAGUAACACCUGAUGAGCAGGCACCUCAAAUAGCAGAACCAGUUAGCGACACUGAGAAGAUUUUGGCUCAUGAAAAGGAAAUUUAUGAAGGCUCAACAUGCAUGGAUGAGAAAGAAAACUCUAACUUCUCAAUAAAAGAAGUAGAAAACUUUCAAACAUCAUUUGAAAUUCAGGCUGACGGUCCAAACAUGCAGAUCAACCAAGAUAAGAAAGAUGAAGUUGCUGACAACGAAACUGCAAUGGGGCCAGAAAAACUAGAGGAAUCUGAAUUUCAGGAGCACCGGGAAACUGGUACUGAGCAAAAGUCUCCUAAAGCAAGUGAUGAAGGGCAUCACCAAUUUUUGGUCGAAAAAGAGGACAUGAACAAAGAACAGUUGGUGCCCGGAACAGUUGAAAGCCAUGAGCAAACAGUGAGCAUAAAAUCCAAUGAAGAGCAAGAACUGGUUGCCUCAAAGAUCCAGGAACGUGAUCUCAAUGUGGUUUCACCCAGAGAAGCUUCUGAGCCUGAAGAAAACUUUGUGGACGUAACCAAGCCAGAAUUCAACACAGAUGAAGACCAAAGUCCAAAGGCUGAUGCAGAAGAGAAGGCUUAUAACGAGAAGAUAAAGAACAUAGAGGGAACUAAGAAUUUCACUGAUGAAGCAGAAGUGAAAACUGAAGCACCAGGAGCAACACAGAAGGCACAUAAAAAACUCAGCCUAUGGUCUGGCGUUGGUUCAAAGGUAAAGCACCAACUAGCAAAGGUGAAGAAAGCCAUUGUACGUAAGCCUGGGAACACAAAACCAGACUCACCAAAGUCAUAGAGCUGCAUUCACCUUAGAACAACUAUACUAUUGUAAUGUUUGUACUUUGUGAGCUAUUUAUUUGAGUGGUAGAAUAUUCGCUAUGGGAUAGGAGAAGAUCCUCUUCACACCUAUUGCGUUGAAACUCGUGUGAUGUUACUUAAAUACACUUGUAAAUAUGCCAGUGUGUGUAAAUCUUUGAGGUAGAGUCAAGGACAUGGACCUGGUGGAUUGCUUGUAUUCUUUAUUGAUAUGCACAUGCAUUUUGUGGCCAUGAUA